CGAACCACUGAUACCUCAACUCAGGUCCAACUCCCGUAGCCCUUAGCGCCGCCGCCGCCGCUGGCUCCUCUCCCGCCCGACGCCAAACCGGUGAGAUCCCCCCGACGCUCGAGGCUCCCUCCUCCGUCCACCCCACAAUCCCUCCUACUGGCUUCCGUGUCGCCGCUUCGUGAACUCCGAGGAGCGCCAUUAACUUCCGCACCACUACUAGCCGGAGCAGGAAGGUGGAAGGAUGGUGAAGGGGGUGCCCAAGUCAAGGCCUAUCAACGCGGCCGCCGAGGUGGUCUUCGACCCGUCGGUAUCUGGCCCCAGGAAGCCCCGCCGCGCGGAGGCGCCGUCGUCGAGCAGCGAGUAUCACCACUUCAUGGGAUCAAGUCUUACGAAUAUGUAUCAGAAGCCAGCUCCGGAGAAAUCUACUGACAUGUCUGAUGAUGAGCCUGACAUUGAUAUUGAGAAGCUGUUGAAAAAUGUCGAGCUUUUUGGUGCCUCUACAUGGAAGGACCGGAAGCAAAUACAGAACCGUAAAGUUGUUGAAUUGGGUGGGAAGGCCAUUAAGAAGCAGCGUACACCGUUAUCUGUAGCAAAGCCAGCCAUGAAGAAUCAGCAGAAAAGGGAACAAAAGAAAAUUGAAGAGGAGAGACUGCUCGGGAUUUUUAGGAAACGGGACAAGAAAGACAAAUUUCAGAAGACUAGACCAGAAGACCGAGUGCUGAGGGCCACUGAAGGGCGCUUCAAGAAUGGUAUACUCGAUGUGAAGCACCUUAUGGGAGGACCAAAACCAUCAUCAUCGACCAGAGAUGCACCGGAGUGGGAGGCAAGGAAGGGUAAGAAAGGUGGCAAGGGUAAGGGGAAGGGGAAGCAAAAGGGAGGCAGAAGGAAGAGACGUUGAUUGUGUUUUGCUGCAAGAUACAUGCAUAAGAAGAGAUGUUAUGCAGUUCCUUUGUAAUCGGUUUUGCAUUACAUAUGUUCAGGUUAUUAUAGUUGUAUUUGUAAGCUAUUUUUAUCAUGACGUAACCAUCUAAGUUUCAGUUUUGUUAUGGUAUA